AUGCAGAAGUCUAUUGGAGUAGUUUGCAUAUCACUAAUUUUCUGCGCAGCUCUGUCAGAAACAAUUGGAUUAGUGAUUGCGGCUAAAGAGAAGCGAGGAUGGACACUGAACAGUGCUGGCUACCUUUUGGGUCCUCGUCGUAUUGAUCACCUAAUACAGAUAAAGGAUAAUCCCAGCGUAAGGGGGAGAGAAGAACUGCUAAGUCAAUAUGGCAUCGACGGUCACCGGACGCUCAGUGACAAGCAUGGCCUUGCUGGUAAGAGAGACAUGCCCCGGGACUAUGACUUCAAAUCAGGUUCCUUGAGAAUAACAGAUGAGGAUGUAUUACACAAUGUCAUUGACUUCUUAUCAUACAUGCAACUUAAAGAAAUCGGAGCUCUGGAUACCCUGCCUUCCUUGCUCACAUCAGAAGAGAUGAGUCAGCCCUAGUUCAACUUCAACAUUCAUUGAUCUAUUCUCAACUCUUCAAAAGCCUGCAAAGUACAUUGUCUGUGCAUAUCCCAUUAUACUGGUGUCAUGAUUUACAA